AUGGUGCUACUGGCGAUUUAUGUUGGAAGUCAGAUGACUUGCAAUCCAGUGUGUACUCCACCAGCUUUCUGUGAUACUAAUACAGGUAAGUAUUGA